AUGUCCACAUCGGACAUCUCCUUCACAAGCCUGGGCUUAGUAGUCCUCGACGAGAUCCGAGUCGCAGAUCAAACCCCUUUAACAAAUGUAGUCGGGGGCUCUGGAGCCUACGAGAAAGAGACGGAUAAGCCAUCAACUCGGGGUUUACUCGCGUACGAAGAUACAACAUUUGGACCCAAGGAUUUCAAGUACACUACACCCGUCCUCGCAGUUCAAGACAGCAGCAUAGCGAGCACGGCACUUCUGGGUUCAAAAGUGUUUCACUAUCUCCAGGCUCCGCACGAUAUCAUAUCUCGCAUCGAGAGUCUUCUUGCUCUUCGUCAUAAGGCAAGUAUUACGAACCGCCCUCUGAUAAUCUGGGAACCUGCGCCCCCGUCCUGUCAGCCCGAGAACCUACAAACAUGUCUAGAAGCCGCAGCGCUGGUCGACGUGUUUUCUCCAAAUCACCUAGAAUUAGCCGCUUUCUUUGGAGAAUCACUCUCACCAUCAUCUUCGGCUUCAGCUUCAGCUUCGGACAAAUAUCCAGAAAAGGAUAAAACUAAAACCAGAAUCGACGAAUUGGCAUUGAAAUUUGUGGAUAGCGGUGUUGGUCCGUCCAGAAACGGGCUUGUGCUCAUCAGAGCUGGAGAGCAUGGAUGUCUACUUCGAUCACGCACUCUUCCUUCUCCGAUGUGGUUUCCCCCGUUUUAUGACCUCAGUUCCGACUCCAGGCCGCAAAAGCAGCAUGCGAAGGUAAUUGAUCCAACCGGAGCCGGGAAUGCCUUCCUCGGUGCAUUUGCGGUGGGCUAUGUCAAGACGGAUGGAAGCGUCGUUGAAGCUGCGUGUUAUGGUUCUGUGGGUGCAUCUUUUGCUUUGGAGCAAGUAGGUAUGCCGAAGAAGACCGAGGAAGGAGGCGAAGAGCUGUGGAAUGGGGUUACUGCGUUUUCGAGGUUGAGGGAGUACAUGUCUAGAAGUAGGGUAGAUGUCAGAUGA